AAAACUUUCCCCUAAGUCUUAUAUGGUAAGGUACCAGAAGCCCUCGUUUAUUACCACUCUUCUUAGUGUCAUCAGACCAAUUCACUUACCAAAAAACUAGUUUAAAUAGUGAUUUAGCUUCAAGCCUCUCUCACACAACAUCCAUUCCUCCAUUGUUUCCAAGAGAAGAGUGUGAAGCUUUCAAAAGUGAUCAAGAAUGGCAGUCUCACCAAAGGAUUCGUAUUCCUACCGUGAAUGCAUGAGAAAUCAUGCAGUGAGGCUCGGAAAGACCAUCACAGAUGGUUGCGGCGAAUUCAUGUUAAACGAGAACACGCCCAACUUUCUGCUUUGCGAAGCUUGCGGCUGCCACCGCAGUUUUCACAGGAAAAUUCCGUACAUUGGCUCUGUAGUAAACCAAGGUGACAACAACCAACAGAGAACGGAGCAGGUGGUGGCGGUGCAAGCUGUUCAUGACGGGGAGAGAGGGCAGGAGCAGCAGCAGAUGCCGGCACCACCACCGAAGAGGGUAAGGACAGCGUUCACCAGGGAGCAAAAAGCGAGAAUGCGUAUUUUUUCUGAAGAUCUACAAUGGAUGAUGGUGAGGAACAGAAGUUAUGAAAUUGAUAGUUUCUGCCAUGAGAUAGGGGUGCCAAGGCAGAAUUUCAGGACAUGGAUGCAAAAUCACAAGCACACCUCUACUUCCUUGGAAUUGGCGUCCAUGGCUCAUCCUGAACCUGCUUCUGCUUCUUCUGGCUCUCGCACACCCAAUAUUGCCUCCUCUUCGUUAGCAUUAGCUCUGUGAGAGUGAGACAACCUUUGAUGAGUACAGUCUUUCAUCUGUCAUGGAACGUGAAAGGGUGGAAUUGGGGGAGAACAUGCUCGUUUCUGGUCAGACCCGGUUGGUUCUUAGUCCUUGAACCAAACGCAAAGUGACUGUUGGAAAUUCUUUUUCCUUCUCUCUCUUUUUUUUUUUUUUUUUUUUUUCUGGGAGUGGGGGUGGGGACUCUGGUUUUUAGAAUCUUUUGAUUGGAGUUAAAAGGAUAGUGGUGUCUUGGAUAUUGGGGUUUUGAUUUGAGUAGUUGUCUUGUUCGUAGCGGCCGAUACCUAUCCAGUAUCAGCAAUGACUGAUAUGAUCGGAUUUAUCAUAUCGAUCGUAUUAUAUUAAUAUUGGAUUGGACUGAUCUUGAUACA